GUCACUCACAGGUGAAAGUGGGGACGGUUAGGGCUGGCUCUGCAUGCUGAGCGUGUGUGCGUAUGUGUGUGCGCGCUGUGUCUCUGUCGGACGCAGGAGCGCUCGGUAGCGACGUGGACCGAAAUGAAAGUCGCGCGCCACCGCCGAUCGUGGAAGCAUGUUGGAGUAGAAGGGCGCGUGACGAGCGGAUGAGUGCACGCACCCAAUACGCAUUGGUCUUACUUUUCGAUUUGACCUCGAGUGCCUUGUUGUAGGCUUAUUUUUUUGUUUUUGCUUGUGGUUUUUUUGCUUUCUUACGCGCGCGAUGGCCGUGCGCAGCAGCUCCUUGAUGCCUUUCUCUAUUCAGGCCAUUUUAAACAGAAAAGGGGAGGAAGAGGAGGAGGAAGAAGAAGAAAAAGACGAAGAAGGAAGGCGCCGUCUGAAAGAGCUGGACAUGUGUUUUUCGAAAAGCGCGUGCUGGAAAAUAUUCGGAGGAACGAACGAGGAGGAGGACGACGCCCGCGAGCAGAGGGAGCGGGAGAGAGCGCGCUUGGCGACGAGCCACCACAAGAGCUACGACUCAGACUCUGGGCUCAGCGAGGACCACCACCACCACCUCGACGAUGAGCGCGAGGCGAAAAGCAGCUCGGGGCGCGAGCAGCGGGACGGCUGCGACUCGCGCACACUGGACGAGAGCUUUCAGGACGAGACGGACCGAGAGUCCACGGCUGCGGAGCAAGUGCGAGAACUGAGCGAUUGCGAGCUCUUAGUCAGCGUGUCCGACUGUAAUAACGCGGAGGAGAAGGUCUCAGAGCAGCCCGUCGGAAAGCAGCGCAAGAAGCGCUCUCGCGCAGCUUUCUCUCACGCGCAGGUGUUCGAGCUCGAGAGGCGCUUCAGCCACCAGCGCUACCUGAGCGGACCGGAGCGCGCGGACCUGGCGGCGUCACUGAAGCUGACGGAGACGCAGGUGAAGAUCUGGUUCCAGAACCGUCGCUACAAGACCAAGAGGCGCCAGAUGGCCGCGAGCAGCGCCGCAUCCGCCGCCGCCGACCUGCUACUGCCCGCCGCCAAGCGCGUGGCCGUGAAAGUGCUAGUGCGCGACGACCGCAGGCAGUAUUCUCCAGGAGAGCUGCUGCUGCUGCGUCCUCCGCCGCUCCUCGCGCUCCAGCCGCCAUCUUCUUCUUCUUCCUCUCCUUCCUCAUACUGUUACUACUAUCACCCGCACGCGUACUGUGCGCCCGCCUGGACCCUGUCCGCGUCCGCGUGCGCCGGAAACCAGUGAUGCAGGCACGGGGGAGAAAAAAAGAAAAACAAAAAAAGUGAAAAGUGUUUUGUUUGUAUGUUUGUUUGGUUUUUUGGUUGUUUGGAUUUUAAGUUCCCAACAAAUACAAAAAAGGAGGGAGAAACGAUAAGACACUGCGUUCAACUGUUUUAAGCUGAAACAAACCUAAAGACUAAUGACAUCACUUUAUUAUAUUAUUAAUGUGAUACGUUUUGGUAUAUAUUAUUGUUGUUAGUAUUUGUACUUUAUUCCUGAAUGUAUAUGGGAAGUUACACGUUUCCGUUCUUUUAGUUUUUUUUUUUUUUUCGUUCAAAGCGUGCUGGGGUGCAGUAACGCGUCACUUGCACACAGAGAAAGAUAGAUUUGUAGGUGAAAACGGUAAGACUCCAGCACUUCCGGUCUAUAAUCAGAUUAACGCGCAAACAAAACACCAGAGUGUGUGGUCACAGUUGCAGACUUUAGUAUUAGUGUAAAACGUUGUUGCUGUUUACAGACUGAUUAAAAAGACGGCGAGCAUUAAAACACACAUAAAGCUGUGUGUGUGUGUGUGUGUGUGUGUGUGUGUGUGUGUGUGUGUGUGCGUGUGUGUGUGUGUGUGUUUUGUACACUUUGUCAUUGUUUGAACAGAAAGGUUUAUUAUAUUAAAGGGGUAUAAGUGACAGCUGAGAUGUUGGGAGUCGUUACAUUUGUGUUUAAGUGCACUAGAUUCAUGUGAAGAGAAAACGGACGACACAAUUACGCAGAAUAAACAUUAACUACCUUAUUAAAAACGCUUUCCCAUUUUCAUGA